AUGAUGAGUCCUGGCCCAGACCAGGCCAAUGUUGGUGUUGGGUUGCCGAUUUAUGAGAAUCAGGUACCUAUUCAUACAGCCACCGGCAAGGAGGACCCGGAAGAAUUUUUGUCACUUCUCACGGAUUGUAAGGAGGGGAUUGAGAUUAGUGAUAGUGAGUUAUUGCACGCUUUGCCUAGCGUAUUGAAGGGAGUAGCCAGCAAUUGGUACCGUGUUGUUAAGCGUGAAAUUAAAACAUGGGGACAUUUCAAAAAAUAUUUCAGGAGAGAAUUUUUGGAAACCGUGGAUGACGAAGACGUUUACGACGAGUUAAAGUCCCGAACGCAAGCAAAAGAAGAGAAAAUUUCUGAAUAUCUCCUUAAUUUGCGUUCUAUUACCCAGCAUUUUAGAAAUCCGAUGACCGAUUUUGAAAUGUUAAGAAUAGCGUAUCGUGGUUUAACCCCUGAGUAUAGGUGUUAUGUGUCAUCAUAUUCGGUGAAUACUGUUUUGGAUUUGGAGAAACAUUUACGUGAAUAUGAAAGGAUUAAGGAAAUUGACAAGCGUUAUGUCUCUCCCCCCUCUAAAGAGUAG